AGUCACAACUAACGUGACUGCUAGAUUUUAGAAGUGUCAUUAGAUAAUUAUCACACACCGUGUCAUUAUAUACCAUAAAAAUUAUUAUAUAAGGGAUUGAGAAGGAACAAUGAGGACACCGGUGUUGACUGAUAAACAGCUUUCGAAUUUGAAGUUAUAUAAAUAUGCAAGUGUUGAUAAGUCCUUUUUGUCAAGAUACAUCCUUCGACAUUAUUGGGAUUUAGCAAUCAAGUUUUUUCCUUUAAACAUGGCACCUAAUUUGAUAACAUUGAUUGGAUUAUUGUUUAUAAUUUUUAAUGUCAUUCUUGUCUUCAUUUAUGUACCAACUAUGGAAGCAGAGGAUGCCGGGCCUUCUUGGAUUUAUUUUUCAUUUGCCCUGGGUUUGUGGCUUUAUUCUACUUUUGAUAAUGUAGAUGGGCGUCAAGCUAGAAGAACUGGAACAUCGAGUCCUUUAGGUGAAUUGUUUGAUCAUGGUUGUGAUGCAUUGAAUUGCUCUUUUGCUGCUAUCGUUCAAAUGUCAGCUCUCGGUUUAGGUCAUACAAAAGCGGCAGUCAUCAUUUAUGCAAUUGCUACCACCGGCUUUUAUCUUUCAACAAUUGAAGAGUACCAUACAGAAAUAUUAUAUUUGGGUUAUGUUAAUGUACCUACUGAAGGUGUCGUUCUUUUAUGUAUUAUGUUUACUAUUUCUGGUAUCUAUGGCCCUAUGAUUUGGAAGACUCAAUUGGGAUCUAUGAUUCCCAGCUUGCCUAGUUACAUGCAACAGUUAACUUUGAAUGAGGCUUAUAUUUGGUUUAUUGGUCUUAUGUUUCUAUUUACUCAUGUUCCAGUCUGCUUUUAUGCUAUGUAUAAAGCUUGCCGUUUGAAAAAAAAGCCAUUCAUUCGUACAAUGUUAUAUGAUAAUUGGGCAAUUGUGCUUUAUGUAGCUUCUUUCUACUUAUGGGUUACUUCACCUUAUUCAUUUAUCCUUUCUCAUCAACAUUAUGCAAUUUACUUGCUUGCUGUUGGUAUUGUCUUUGGUCGUAUUUGCUCUAAGAUUAUUUUGGCUCAUCUCACAAAGUCACCUUCACCUCUUCCUACUGGUUUAUUAAUCCCUCUUGUUUUAGGAGCUAUUAUUACCAAUUUGCCUUUAUAUACGUCUAUGCCACCUAUUUUUACUCCUCAAUCCGAGUAUAUUUAUUUAGUCUGUUACUUUAUUUUAUCGCUUGUAUUAUACUUACGCUGGGCUGUCUGUGUUAUUGACAGUAUUUGCACUUAUCUUGGUAUUCGUUGUUUGGUUAUCCCAGAUCAGUCUACAAAGAUUAAAUAAUCAUGCUGUAUACUGUAAAAAAAAUAUAUUAGAAUGUAUAUAGAAAAGAGAUGUAUUUAGAUUGAAAAAAAUAAAAAAAAAAGGAGGAGGUAUGAUACUAU